UCAAUCAACGUCUCUGGUAACUUCCAUGAAACGGGAAGUGUUAUCUAAGGUUGUACCUAGCUCGGUACCGUGGGGCCCUUCGAUGUAACUAGCUAUGUACUCAAACGGACAUUAGCACAAAGCAAGGAACGCUACGAAGGCACGGAAAGAAAAAGAGCAAUUUAACAUCUAACCAACCCUAACCUCAAUACCCUCAUCACCAAACAAAAAAGAAUUGAAAAAAGGCCUACUACAGGUUGUCACUGCUGUUUCAGUGGAUGAUGACCACAAAGAGAUUGCUACAGAGAAAUUCAAGGCCCUAGGAAAGAUCCACUCUAUCCUGCAGAAUCCAGACAAGUGCAAUCUGUAUAAUGAAAUAUGAAAGUGGACAAUUUGAUGAUGAAAUGUACACUUCCUUCCAUUGUAUGGACUAUUGGAGAAACAUGUUCAAGAAGAUUGAGAUAAAGGACAUACAAAAGUAUGAACAAGAGUAUACAUUGGCUCAGACACUGAACUCAGAGACAUAAGAGCAUAUGUUGGUGGAAAAGGUAAUAUGGAUGUCAUCUUGGAGAUGGUACCUGGUACCAUUCUCUAAUUGUGAUAGUAAGCCUAGAAUAAUAGAUAUAGUGCAAAAAAUGGUUGACAAUGAGGAAGUGGAAUAUUACAAAGCAUUCUUUAAUGAGAGUAAGGCACAGAAAAUGAGACACAGAAAUGAAAAAAAUACUUGCAGGCACAGUAGAGAGCUCACAGAGUGUUGCAGGAAUGUGACAUAACCUAACCUAUAACUUCAACUGUUAUAAAAAUGUCCAAGGCCCAGCCAAAAAAUAAUAUGCACAUGCUUGAUACUGCUGUAGUUGAAAGAAGACUUGGACCUAUAUUUAUUUCUGGCUAGAUAGUGGUAACAACAAAAAAGCUCUUCAAGAAUGUGAUAAGGUCCUCAAAUAAGCACCAAAUCUGCAUUGUGCAAAGGCUUUGAAAUCCUUCAUCAUAUGGGCAAGGGAUUGGAAAGUAGGGUUAUCUUGGAAGCUUUGACAAAUGAGAAACCAACUGAUGAUAUGCAACAUUGUCCUCCCGAGAAAUGCAAGAGUUAAAAAAGAUUUGCAGACAUUAUGAGACAGCUGUAAGAAUAGACCCCACCAAUGAAGAACUCCAUACCCAUUUGUUCAUGUCCUAUGUGAGGAUAUCUGAUUUCAAGCUACAGCAACAGAGUGCCAUGGCAUUAUACAAACUCAAACCUAAAAACCCUUACUAUUGCUGGGCAGUGAUGAGCAUAAUAUUGCAAGCUACCAGAGGUGAGGGCUGCAGAGAUCCUCUAAAACGUAAAUUGCUGUUAAGUCUAGCUGAGAGGAUGUUUGAUAAACUGUUGACAGAAAAUAAGAUUGAUGCUGAACAAAAGGUGCAGUUGUAUGUGAUGAUUUUGGAUUUUUUGGGGAAGCAAGAGGAAGUUGUAGCUGUGCUGGAUGGUCCACUAGGUGCCAAAUUACAAUGCACCAACUUUGGUCUGGUCAAGAUGACUUAUUUGAAAAAAAAUGCAGAGGUGGAAAGAUGUCAAUUUGAUUUGCAAAAGCAUUCUUGCAGAGAGGAGAAUUAUUCUGAUGGUGGAGAUAAUAUUGUGGAAACUGCAGAUGAUACUCCUGAGAAAGCUCAUGAGUUUAUUUGUAGAAUGGUGGAGAGUGGAGCUGACAAUGCUAGGAAAUUCAGUCACAAGCCUUGUUGUGUGUCAGAUUUGCAUGGUAUAUUUCUGAAUCUGUUGCUGACUCCUAGAAAGACUGAACUGUCAUCUAGGCUGAUAAAGGAUGUGGAAAUAAGUGCUACCACAGUUUACCUCAAUCAGAGGCCCAGAUGCAGGCAUAUUUGUGCUGUUAGUCCAACUGUUGCGGCUGUGCAGCCAGAGCACCUCAAAGCCCUCAUCACAGCCCUCAAUCUGCACUACCAGCAUGGGUAUCAAACCUAUGGGCGCGGCAUGCUCAUCUCCACCGAUUUGGCCCCGUGCGACCCUUAUGCCCUUUUGGCCGCUCAUCUUCUCUAUGAUUUGGCACAAAUCGAACAGAAAUCGGAUGCCGUCGUCGUGGUGGCCCUUGCCCUGCUGGAAAGGUUGCUCUCGAAUUCGCCCAGUAACUUUCAUGGCAAGCUGUUGGCUGUCAGGCUCUAUCACUGUUUGGGAAAACGAGACGUAGUAGCCUACCGGGGUGCACCUAUUGGCAAAGGAAUCGGAAGGCUGCCUUUGAGCGCCGAUAUCUCGAAAACUAUCUGUCCUAUCGGGCUGAUCAUGGUCUCAUUCGAUGCAUCGUGUCAUUUUCUACUGGAGAAACGAAAAUUCGCGUGA